GGAGCUGCAGAGGCACAUCUUCCGGGACUAGGAUGGCCGAAGAGACGCAAUCGCCCUACGGCGAAUACAAGUUCGUCGCGCGCUUGGAUCACAUUAAGACCUUCAACCAGGCCAUAAAAUCCAUUUGCUUCAAUGAUUACGGCAUGUUGCAGGUGUCCGAAGAUGGACUGCGCAUCACCGUGGAGCAGGGCAAGUCUAUUCAGGCCACACUCUUCAUGCCGCCGGGCGCCUUCAAGGAGUUCUUUGUGCAGGACUUCCACAGCUUUGGCCUGAAGAUGAAUGCGUUAUCCGAAUGCCUAAAUCUCUUCGGAUCCGCCGACUGCAGCAUGAGGAUGAUGUUCAGGGAUCAGGGCGAUCCACUGAGGAUCACCUUAUAUCCCUACGAGGACGAGGACGUGAGCACCGAGUGUGCCAUCAAAACAAUGGACUGCGAGGAACCCAUUGACUACGACAAGAACCUGAAGGAUACGGAUGUAAAUGUUAUUUUUGUUAAGGGACCGAAUCUAUCGAAAGUUUUCCAUGAACUGGAAAAAUCGGCCGAGGAAUUUGAGUUUGUAACAUCGCCCGAUCGACCGCACUUCAAGAUCACCACCGUGGGAAUAAUGCAGGCGGUUUUCAGCGUCGAGGUGGCCAAGACCAGUCCCAUGAUGAUGAUGUUCAACUGCAAGCAGACGGUGGUCGCUCGCUACAAGAGCCAGCAGAUCCGAAUGACCAACAAGGCGAUGCAGUCGGCCACCAAGGUGGCCAUUAAAACGAACUCCAUUGGCCUUCUGGAACUGCACCUGGUGAUGCAGGGCGAGGGCCAGGAGGAGAUAUUUGUCCAGUUCUUCAUUAUUCCCCUGCUCCACACGGAUUAGGCCCGAUUUUUUCGUCAGGUAGUUAAUAAAGU